ACCCAUACCCCAAAAUUACCAGCAGUUCAUGGCCUUGGUGUUUGCUGUCACGGAGGUGAAUAAGGAUCUGGUUCUUCUCCCUAACAUCACCUUGGGCUUCCACUUCUAUGACAAUCACCAAAUGGGGUGGAGUAUUUCCACAAUCAGCCUCUCCUUGCUCUCCACACGAGGCCAAAUGGUUCCAGGUUAUAAAUGUGACAGGCAAGACCCUCUGCUCUCUGUCAUCGGAGGUCUCAACUCCAAAUCCUCAAGGCAGAUGGCCUCCAUCUUCAACCUCUUCCAGGUCCCACAGAAGGUUCCCUUUGCCAGGUGUGGCAUGAAGAGGUGCCAGGCAGGAGAGAGGAGAAGUGUUCCAGAGGGCGAGCAGUUUUGCUGCUAUCAAUGUGACCCUUGUCCAGAAGGAACCAUUUCUAACAAGACAGAUGCAGCUCGCUGUAAUCCCUGCCCAGAAGACCAAUAUCCCAACAAGGACAAGGACCAUUGCAUUGCCAAGAAGAUCCACUUCCUUGCCUAUCAAGGGACUCUGGGAUACACUUUAGUUUCUCUCGCUGUUUCUCUCUCCGUGACCACAUUGGCAGUCCUGACAGUUUUCCUUAAACAUUGUGACACCCCAAUCGUCAAGGCCAACAAUCGAUGUCUAACCUACAUCCUCCUGGUCUCCCUCCUGUUCUGCUUCCUCGGCUCCUUCCUCUUCAUUGGUCAACCAAGGAAGGUCACCUGUCUCUUCCGACAAACUGUCUUUGGCAUUCUUUUUUCUCUUGCCGUUUCCACUAUCCUGGCAAAAACUGUCAUGGUGGUUCUAGCCUUCAAGGCCACCAAACCAGGGAACAGGACAAGGAAACUCUUAGGAAAACCACUGACCAACUCCAUUGUUGUGGGCUGUCCCCUGGUCCAAGCAGUUCUUUUUGCCACCUGGCUGGUAACCUCCCCUCCAUUUUCCAAUAUGGAUUUCCAGUCCUUGGUAGGAGAGGUCAUCUGGGAGUGCAAUGAAGGUUCAGCUUUGAUGUUUUACACUGUUCUCACCUACUUAGGUUUCUUGGCCCUUAUCAGUUUCACGGUGGCCUUUCUGGCUAGGAAAUUGCCCGACAGCUUUAAUGAAGCAAAGUUCAUUACUUUCAGCAUGCUGGUCUUUUGCAGUGUUUGGAUAUCAUUCCUCCCCACUUACCUGAGCACCAAAGGGAAAACGAUGGUGGCCGUGGAGAUCUUCUCCAUCCUGGCCUCUGGGGCUGGUCUCUUGGCUUGCAUCUUUUUCCCCAAAUGCUACAUUAUCCUAUUAAAGCCCAAUCUUAAUUGCAGAGAGAAUAUAAUGAGGCAGAAGAAUCUUUGA